ACUACCAGCUAGGGCAUAACUUAAUAUUUAUACGACGUUGAGCUAGCUCACAGAGUGUAUAUUAAAAAUAUUAUUAUAAGUAAUAGUUAGUAAAUAAUUCACAUUUAUUUACGAUUUCCAUUUGAACUAAAUGUUAYUUUAUAGUUGUUAAUUUUUGUCAUAAAUUAAAUUCUAAAAUAACUUAAACAUGUUUAUUCUUGUGUGCUCACAAUUKUUGAUGUUAAUUAUUGUCCACGCCAUCAAUGGAUAUAACUACACAACUAAUUACAUAACUGUACCGUUUUAUACUGGUAAUGAAGGACGAAUUGAAAACUUUGCAGAUAAUACUGGUUUUAUGUGGGAAAUAUCAAGAGAAUUCCAGGCAUUGGUCGUGUUUGCCGAGCACCGUUACUAUGGCGAGUCCAUGCCCUAUAGAGAUCACUCUUUCGAUGACAACGAGAAGUUGGGCUAUCUGACUUCUCAACAAGCGAUGGCUGACUUUGUAGACCUGAUAAAGUAUCUACGUGACGAUGCACUGAGUGCUGGCAGACGUCCCAACCCAGUAUUCGCAUUUGGCGGAUCUUAUGGAGGAAUGUUGGCCGCUUGGUCACGCAUAAAGUAUCCCGCCACUAUUGAAGGAGCCAUAGCUUCGUCAGCUCCAAUAUGGCAAUUCACUGGGAUGACACCGUGCAAUGAUUUCUAUAAAGUGACAUCGUCGGUUUAUAGAAAUACCAGUGCAGAAUGUGGAUUGACUAUUUCAGCAUCUUGGAAAGCCAUCGAUAACAUCACCGAAUCUAAUUCUGGGAAAACGUGGUUAACGGACAACUGGAAACUAUGUAAACCGUUAAAGCACUCUGACGACGUAGCACAACUAAAAUAUUGGGCAACUGACGUGUAUGUGGCACUGGCGAUGGUUAAUUAUCCUUACGAAGCUAAUUUUCUUGCUCCUUUGCCCGCAAAUCCGAUCAAGAAACGCGAUGAAUAUAUUUUUCAGGCUUGUACGGAAAUGAUAAUGCCGUUAUGUACGAAUGGCGGCGAGGACGAUAUAUUCGAAGCGAACACUUGGGAUUUCGAAAGCUACGCGGAGUACUGUGAAAAUCGAUAUGACGUCAAACCGUCCACAGACGAUGUCGAAAAACAGUACGGAGGCAAAAAUCUCAAAACUGCGUCCAACAUAAUAUUCAGGUAA